AUGGCAUUGUCCGCCACGGCUAGCGCAACUGCUCGUUCCUCAUCGGCAGGGCUAGAGGAGCGUGCAUCGGCCUCGUACGCUAUUGACGGCUUCUUCAGCGAGGGAUGCACCGAAGAUAGAAUGACAGUGCGCAAGGAAUGGCGACAUCUGACCGGACCACAACACCAAGCCUUCCUCGACGCUCUUCAGUGUCUGAUGGAGAAACCUGCACAGUCCGGGCUGACUGCAACAACAAGCCGCUUUAGUGAUUUGCAGGCUCUACAUCGGGGUAUGACGAAUACAGCGUAUGCAGAUAUAAUCCACCACGUGAACGAGCAGCUCGACGCCGAUAGCGGGAAUAUGUGGCAGUCGCCCAUGUGGGGGGCUGAUGCAUUCGGGGGUAACGGGACAGGUUCAGACAUAAGCGUCACGGAUGGCCGGUUUGCCAACAUGACCCUCCAUAUCGGUCCUGGAGACGAGGAUACCGAGUACUGCUUGCGUCGGGCUUGGGACAACGAGAACGCCAUUGCCAACGCUAACAGUACCAUGCUAUAUAUGUGCAAUUCGUAUAACACUUACUUACUCGCCAUGAUGGCGGACAUCAAGUCCUCCCCGGGCGACUCGGUUUUCUUCAUGCACCACAUGUACGUCGACCGGAUCUGGUGGCUAUGGCAGAAGCAGGACCCUAUCAACCGGCUGUACGAUAUCAGCGGGCCGACGUUGAACCAUACCGCGAAUAUAGAGCCCGCCGGUGGUUGGCAGAAUGCGACUCUCCACUAUGAGCUCUCUUCGUUUGGAAUCAUGCCGAAUGUUACCAUCGCAGAGGUUAUGAGUACUCAGGGCGGGUAUUUGUGUUAUGGAGUAUGGCAGACUCAAUGGGUUGCUCUUAUCCAAAGAGAUUCCCAACCUCUGUACCAACGGGCUCUAGCGGCCUCAUCAGAACCUCGCCUCAGGCCUUGCAACUUAGAUCAAACUGAAGCGAUCUUGAUCGACUUGGUCAACUGGCGGCCUGACGGCGCGAUGGGUGGUACUCUUCAAGAACCCGCCAGGCUCGGAGAUUCCUCGCUUCCGAGUCCUCCUGUGCCGAGCGUAGGUGAUAGACCAUGUACCGGAGGUACUCAAGUCCCGGCUCCUCGUACCGGUGAACUGACGGACCGUCUAGGGAACGCAUACUUCGCGGGGAUGAAAGAAGAGCUCAACGUCACGGGAAACCAGUACCAGAGUUUCACUACCAUGUGGACAAUGAGAAAUGCUAAGUUUCGAGUCGCCAGCUUCUUCAUCUGCUCCGAGAACAUCGGCAGCUACAUGAACUUUUGGCUGAAGAGUCUGAACCGGUACUCUGUGUCCCAGAUGAACACGUAUCCCACCGUCACUAACGCGAUCACGAUCCUAACGAGUCUCCUCUACGGCUGGACGAGCGACCUUUUCCAGAUUCGGUACCCGAUCGUCUUUUUCUCGCUGACGAUUCGCGCAAGGUCCUGGUCCGGUUUUUUGACGAGGGUCAAUGAAGUCUGCGCGGGAGAUAGUCCCGAGCGCAAGAUUAUCCUGGGGUCAACAAACUCGAUCGCCGAAGGGACCGGCAACCGCAACAGACUCGAGUUGGAGGCGCAGAAUCUGGAGCUAGGGCCAGCGUCAGCACGGCGAUUUAACUUGAAACGAGGCUUAUAUGUCAGCAUAGCUUGCUGGGCGGGCUAA